UAUGUAAAAUAUACACCAAUCCCUCAUUUGGAUAUUCCUCAUAUGGGGUUAUCUUGAAAAAAUCGAUGUUUAGGGCAUUGCUUACAUCCCUAUUCAAAAUGUUUGGCAAGUCAUUUAUGAAAGUGUUUGGAGAUUUUUUUAAAAAUGGAAUUGAGUAUCUGGAAAUAUGUACUCUUGCAGUGGGUCCAAAAGUGCAAUUUUAUAGAAAACAUUACAUGUAUAGAAGAUUCCGAUAUCGAAGCCUUUUUUACCUUUUACGCGCAGCAUGCUCAGGUUAAGCUACCGGCGUCGUCUUCAAGCAGAACAUUUCCUAUGGGACAACUAAAAACAUUUCUUGGAGAUAUUUAUCCAAACUUUAAGCCGCGUUUGGAGCUUGAUGGCCGCGUAGUAACGGCAGAUUUCAUUUAUGUAUACACACUUCUAAUGCACUACACGUGCGUUCAAAGACCUAGCGAAUAUUUUCAUAAUAUUUGCAAAAAUUUACCAGAUAACAUUCAGCAGUGCAUAGCGGCCUUUUUCCAACAGACUAUACAAAAUCCAGAAAUGACUCGUAUUCGCUUGCACGAGACUAUUAUCAAUAUCCGAUAUAUAACUGAAAACAAUUUUUCGGUCAACUCCAGUUCCUGCAGCCCUCUCAGCCACAUGUCCGUCCACAAUAUCAGCGAUGGAAAUAGCUAUCUGUUAAAUAGUAACAAGGAUUCGCCAUCAUUCGAUAAUGAUGUGAGUGCGAGUACGAGUACGAGUCCUGUAACGUCAGGGCCAAUGAAGCGGGAGCUAAUUAGCUUAUUAGAUCGCAGCCAAUGGGUAACUCCACCGACUCCAAAAACGGAGCUUCUAGAACAGCGUACUCGGGAGCUGUUGGGACUACGUGCACAGCUAGAGACUGAGCGGUAUGAGAAGACCGUUCUAGAAGAACAAAUUUUAGAAAAUCAAAUCGAAAUUAAUUCGCUUAGUAAAGAGAACUUGGCGCAUAAGAAGCAAUUGGCCAAAUUCUCGGCUACCCUUCAAAGCGAGCACGACAACGAGGACAAUUACCUGCAUAGCAAUGAACUAGACAGUUUAAAAAGGCAAUUGCUUAAAGAUCUUAGUAUCAAGGAUGCUAUCCUUGCUGAAAACAACGAAGAGAUUUAUGAGCUUAAAAGCAAACUUGUCAAAGUUUCUAGCAAGCUUAAAGUUUCGGAGAAGCAUGUGCUUGUGUGUAUGGACCGAAUAAACGACCUGGAGCAGCGCUUGGAGAACGCGACGCAGGUGUUGACUGAGAAGGAUGAUGAUAUUGCUUGUCUGCAGCGUGACAGAUUGGAGCUGGAGCAGUGUCUGCAAGAAACUCGGGCCGAGUUGCAUAAUGGUCGCGAGGUACUAAACGCCUCCUCUGAUUUGUUGGAAACGUCGCACUCAACCUGUAGCUUGAAUACCACACCUGAAAACUUGGGCUGCUCCGUUGUAGAUAAGCAAUUACGUGAGAAGGCACAGGAGAAUGACGAACUGCGUAAGCAACUGGCAGUUAUCGUAGAGGAAAAAUCAAAUAUGCUGAGGAAACUAUUAAGAAUUGUGCAACCCCAUUCCCUAGAGAUGUCGUCGGCAACUGAAGAUUCCCAACUCAUGUGCUUAAUUGGGCACAGUAUGGACCAGUUGUCCGUCCGCUAUGAGCAAGAGCUGCAACGUGUGAAGGAACUGCAGGUUCAGUACAACACACUGAAGCAGCAAAAUAUGCAGUGUGAAGAGUGUAUUCAAGAACAAAUAAGGAACAAAAAAAGGCUAGAUCGGAUUUUAGGACAGAGUCAGUUAACUCUGCUGGCCACUAUUGAAAAGCUGCAACAACGCGACAAUGAAUAUGGUCAAAGUGUCAAUAUUAGCCAGGAACUUGAAAAAAAGGAUGAGCAACUUGCUCGGGUUGGCUCUGAAUUAAUUCAACUAUGCAGUCAAAAACGUAUCCUAGAAGGGCACAUCAGCGAGGAAAAAGAAUGCUCAUUUAGUCAGCGCCAGAAGUUAAAGGCACAGCAAAUGAUCAUUCAGUCUCAACAAGAUCAAUUGGCUGAGCAGCGUCAGCGGCUAAACGACGCCCAACAGCAAGUACAGUGCUUAAUCCACAGGAUAAGCGCUAAAUGUGACCACGACACAACUUCAUCACCUACCAGCGAAAAUCGACUGAAACAAGUGGAAAAUAUGCUGAUAUGUUUAAUGGACAGAAUGCGCAACCAGGAUAAGAGAAAUAAGUGUGAAAAUCAACUGUCUGAACACAGCCCCUCCCAGGUGAGUAGUCAGCUCACGAUUAUGUCGACUGAAAAGCUUUAUGAUGAAGAGCAUAAUGCUGCAAAAACAAAUCAAUCUCUUAAACUUGAAACUGAAGAAACAACGAUACAGAAUGGGGGUCAAACGCAGCUGAGCCAACAACUGGAAGUCGGGCGGCAAGAGCUUUGCAAGCAGAAACAAGAGGCGCACGUUAAACAACAACUUAAGGCUGUGAAUGAGAACCAAAAAAGGUUGGAACACAGGUUAAAGGAACAAACGGAGCUGCUUCAAAAAAGAGAGUCCACCAGCCAAGCGCUCCAAGAGCAGAUUAUGAUACAAACACAGCAGUUAGAAAAAGGACAACGGGAACUUAAUGAUUCGCAGCGAAAACUAAAAGAGGCACAGCAGCAGUUACAUAAGCAAGAAUCACUAAUAUUACAUGUUAACAAACUGGAGAAUUGGAUAAAAGAAGAACGGCGGAAAAAUUUGAGCCUGGAACAGGAGCAAAUACAGCAGAUGGAGCACAAGCGAAUUAUCGAGAAGGAAUUUAAAGCAAUUCAAUGCACGCUUGCAAAAAGGGAGGAAGAACUGGAGAAGAGCAAGUCACAGUUGGACUUAAGUACCAAGCGCUUGGAGAAAAUAGCCAUAAAACAAGGCGAACAGCAAGCAAUUUUAUCCAAAACGCAACGCGAAAAAGCUCAGUCCAAACGAACGCAGAACGAGCAAGCAGAGCUCAUCACGGUAUUGCAACGUGAGAAGGAAAGUCUGCUGUUGGAAUUGCGAAAGAACAAGGAGCGUACAAGCCGAUCGGAGGAGAAACAGGCCAGUUUGGAACAGCAACGGGUUUUGGCGGAGACGGCACGAGUUGCUACUUAUGAACGAAUGAUAAAACUCGAGAGAGAGUGUAAGAAAACUAACAUCAAUACGAUACGCGAUCUACAGCUUCAGCUGAAAGACGUUGAGAAGGAAAAAGAUAGGCUGUUUCUUGAAGUUGGAGGCCUCAACUUGGAGAUUGUGCAGCAGCAGAGGCGCACAGCAGAUUUGAGUGCCCAACUACAACAAGCCAACGAGCAUAUAGACGCAAUGCGUACCUCAAUGCAGGUCAAAGAAAACAAUGCUUGCAAUGCUCAACAAUUGGAGCUGAUAGAACGUGCAUAUAUGCAGCAGCUAGCGGACGCGCGGCAGGAGCUCAAGGAUCAGCGUCUUGACAUGGAGGGUAAAUUAGAAAAGAUGAAAACAAAAAUGCGCACAUUGUGCACGGCGGAAAUGAACCGAAUUAAAGAGAAGCAUGAGCGCGAUGUGGCUACCAACAAGGUUGAACUGGAAAAGCUCACUGUUCAGAACGCUAAGUAUGAAGAACAUACGCGAAACCUAUCUCUUGAGAUUAUGCGCCUCAAUGAAAAGAUCUUAGAGCAGCAAAAGCAAAUUGACAUUCUCAGAACCAAGCAGCGGCAUUUUCAGGAUGACGUCGGGAAAACGACAGCGUUCGCAGCUGUCGAUGACAGUCAGCCCUUUAAGCGGUCACUUGCUAAUUUUGGCAGCAAUCUUCCAAUGGAAGAUGAGGAGGGCGAGGUAUUCAAUAACACCAACCUUACAGAUCUGAAAUUGGGCAGUGUGCCGAACAUGACCGCUGAAGAACUGCAAUAUCGCAAUUCGUUGCAACCACCGCAUUUGAAGAGCGCCUAUGCGGUGCAAUAUGACUUGGGAAUCCAAGAUGAUCUCAAGCGGUCCACAUAGCCUAGACAGAACGAGUGCAUUAUUAGGUACUAGGGAACGCAAUGGUGUCGGUACGGAAAUUUUACACGAGACUUGUGACAACAUUGGUACUGCAAAUGGAACCCACAUGGACCAAAUGAAUCUUUGCAUCACACUCCGCAUAGAAACCAGUGGCAUAGUUAGUCUAGUUUGGGUACACCGUCUACCACGCGGCGAGGGCAGAACGUGCCGACAUUUGGACGCCAUAAGGAAUCAUAGUGCAAUAUGCGAAAAGCUUAACAGAAUUCGAAUUCGCAUUUC